CCCCCAAGGUCAUGGUUGGCAGGAUUCAAACCUGCCACCUUACGAUAACAACCAUUAUCCUCUUAUUACUCUAAACUAUCAAAUCAAAUCUGCACGGAAUUUGAUUUGUUACUGUUUCUUUGCAGUGCAUCGAUGCAUAAUGGGACGUUUAAUGUUCAAUUACCUAAUCCCCAUUACCAGCCCUGGGUGGGAGGGUAACUUUAGAAGGAGCAGUUUAGAAACGGUGCCAAAUCUAUUGGAUUACUGCUGCAGGGACCCCUGAUAAAGGGACAGGUCAAAAGAGGUCAGCCAGAUGUGACAGAUAUAAUGAAUGCAUCCACUGUGAUAGUUUAAUUGGUGUCUGUGCUCAGACAGAUCUGUCAGGGCUACAGUUCACCACUAGGCUUCCCCUCCGCCUAUCACUGCACUCACUCAUGCUGACGACUAAACCCGGAAGCAGCGAGGUGCUGGCUUUGUUUUGUUUUGGUGUGGUCGGAGUUAAAGCUAGAGGUCCUUGCAAGGGAGAGAAGCCCGGUAGAUGGUGAGAGCCAAACCGGGGAUGGAAGAUGACGGACAGGUAACUGACGCCUGUAAAAUGCCCAGUUUCAUUAGCACCUUGGACGAGGGGCGGGCGAGAGUGUCCCGUAACCUACCGACACAAACUUUCUUUAGGGACUGCGGUAAAGUUGAGCGGUCGGUCAGUGAUUUGAGCCGACGUGUCACCAGAUCAGAAUCUCGCUUCUCUCUGGACGGGGCUGAGAAGGAGCUCGGGGAGAGGAUCAGCCAGGAGAAGGAUGAGGAGGAGGGCAACAACAACAACAACUGCAACGGCAGAGGAGUAGAAAAGAGGAGAGCGAGUGCCGUGGCAAUUCUGAGGAGGAAUUUCGGGGUUGUAAAAUCUCACUCUCUUCGCCUAAACUCCAACGGGCGGAUGCAGCAGAGCAACGAGCAAGAAACACACACUGUAAACAGCUGUAAUGACACGUUCAAUGACAAUGGGAGCGAAUGUGGAGACUGUGCAACGUCGGACAGAGAAACGGGCGCCGUCGGGAGUAAAAACGAGCCAACCGUGGGUGAGUUAAGCCCCUAUCAACAGACAGUCCAAUGCCAUUAUUUAUGUUCCAGUGACAGCAACACUGAGACGAAUUUAGAUGAAUCUUUCUGUGUCAAAGAACACGUUUACUGCACAGUGUACUGUAUCGCCAAUGACAGCCAGCGAAGAGACUCUGAAGGCACCAGCCACUACUAUGAAACUGCUUCUUUUGAAGAACUGGAUGUGGACCUUGAGUCCGGACGGGUCAUGUUUUCGACCCCAGACCGCCCUCUGUAUACACUGGACGACCUUGUGGAUCCUUUUGGGGACAUGGCCCAUCAGGUGUACAAAGAAAAUGACGGUGCAGAGAGUGCGGCGCAGAGUUGCCGGGUGUGCCUGGAAGACAAAACCAUCGCACCCCUGCCCUGCUGCAGAAAGGCUGUGUGUGACGAGUGUCUGAAACUCUACGUCAGCUCACAGGUGCGAGUCGCCAAACCCUACAUCAGUUGUCCAAUCCCAGAGUGCAGCGGUUACCUAGAGGAAGGCGUGGUGGUAUCUCACUUAGCCACUGAGGACGUGGCCAAAUAUCGUUACUUUUUGGAGCUAAAUAAGUUGGAUUCCAGCACCAAGCCCUGCCCCCAGUGCAGUGAGUUCACCACCCUGAAUAAGCACAAUGCCCACCACUCUGAGCACAAGUACAAGAUUCAGUGCAACAAUUGCCAGUUUGUAUGGUGUUUCAAAUGCCACGCCCCCUGGCACAACGGUCUCAAAUGCCGUGAAUACAGGAAAGGAGACAAGCUGCUACGAACCUGGGCCAGUGUAAUAGAACAUGGACAAAGGAACGCCCAGAAGUGUCCUCAGUGCAAGAUUCAUAUUCAGAGAACGGAGGGAUGUGACCACAUGACUUGUACACAGUGCAACACAAACUUCUGUUACCGCUGUGGUGAGCGCUAUCGACACUUAAGGUUUUUUGGGGACCACACGUCCAACCUCAGCGUGUUUGGCUGCAAAUAUCGAUAUCUGCCCGACAAACCUCACCUGAGACGGUUAAUAAGAGGAUCCGUUUGUGCCACUAAAGUGCUGAUUGCUCCAGUGGUCAUCGUGCUACUUGUGGUCUUCGGAGCUCUCGGACUGGUGUUAGGUUUGGUAAUUGUACCGGUUUAUUAUGUGUGUAAGAGGAGAAAGAAGGAGAAUACCCAAGGGUUUGGACGCUGGUUAUGAAUCCUUCCAGACCGUCCAGACGCCCACCCACCACUCCUCAGGGACAGACACGCCAUCCUGAGUCAUAGGAAACGUCCGAGAACAUCAUCACAAAUGUCCAUUAGCGAGGAGCCGGACCCCUGGAGGAAACGUAUAAAAAUAAGUGUCAACAUUAGAAUUGGAUUCAAGAGAAAGAAACCACAUGGCUGUUACACAAAUUUGACCAUUUUCACACAUGUCCACUACAGCUACACAUGAACCAGAGCUGGGACCGCUCUAAAACUGUAGUAAAACUAGUUUCAAACAUUUGUGUUUUUACUUUGAUUUGUUAAACAUAACCUAAUUGAGAAAUCGAUGCCGGUAUUCUCUAUAUUUUCAGUAUGAUGGAAAUAUAGAGGAUAUCCAGGUUUGAGCAGCACCCAGAAAAGGUGGCUGAUAAAUUCAGAAACACCUCAGUCAACUCUAAAAUGUUAAGACAUAAAACGACUUUAGAACUGGGUUACAUCCCGAUUUCUUUUAAUCACACUGUAUAAAAGACUUUCAGCCGCUUUCAGUUAUAGGGUGUUGUCUGAGUCAAAUAACAAUGUCACGUAUUACCAACUAAAGUUAAGUUCUACUGCAUUUGUAGGUGCUGUACCGGCUUUUGUGUUUGGAUCACUGGGUAUUGCGAGACUAGUGGCGAGCGAUUAUGUUGGACCGUAGAGAUAAAAAAAAAGGUUCACUCACAGCAGCAUCAGUGUCAAACUGACUCCUAGUGAACCAUGUUACAAAAUACAUGAAGUGAAAUCUUAAUACAAGCCAUACUGUAUAAAUAAGUUCUUACUGAUGUAACAGGAGCUGGACUUUUCUAUUACCCCCCUCCCCUCCCUAUUUGUUGUCAUUGAUUUUUGUGUGGACAGCCCACCCGGUAGAACUGAAUGUGGGCUGGAUGUAAUGAUAGUACUACUGUGCUAUUGUUAUUCUUAGCAACGCUGGAUAAUGUCCUACUGCCUGCUCUCAAGUUCUCCCUGGAAGGCUUAAAAGUUUUCCAAAGACAUUCAGCCUUCAGUGCACUGACCCCAAAAAGACGUAUUGGAAUCAUUUAUGGAGACUGCGUCUCCGUGGUGUUUUCUUUCGAUAAUUUACAUCAUCUCUUGACUUUGUGUGUUCAUCUUCCCGUCUGUCUGUACUUCCUUCUAGGGCUGGGCUGUACACAUGUGCAGCUCUUUUGCGGUUUCAAAGUGUUUAGAGGAAAUGUAGAAAUCAGAAGCUCGGGCCGGUCAGGCUGUUGGACCUGUUCAGCCAGGGCAGGGAGCUGAGUCCUGACCACCAGGAGGCAGCACAUUCAUGAUGGCUUCCAGGGAUUUUCCAGAGGGGCUGCAAAGUGUUUGUUGUUGAGGAUACACUUCUGGUUCUUUCUACAUAAGGUGUCUAAUGUUAAUAGUUAAUGUAUACGUCUGUCUAAAACAGGAGCCUCAAGCCUCUGGCCGGGAGCUCACUUCCAACCCCAAAACUCCUGGUGUCUGGCUCAUGACUAGAUAAUAAUAAUUUCAUUUUGCACUUUAUUCAUUUUUUUGAAACUUUUCAGUUAUUAAAGUGCUUUAGUUGGUCGUUUAAGAAUCAAAAACAAAGAUUUUUACUUGCUGUUUUACAUUAGACUGCUUGGGAGUAUUAAAAUCCAACACUGUUUGCAGGAGUGGCCCUCAGCUCAGAGUUUGAGACCCCUGACCUAAACAUGUGUGCAUUAUCCUUUUCCUUGGAUCCAUGUUGGAUUGUAGCUGUAGUCACUGCUGUAGUCGCUUACUCUUUACCUGCUGUACGUCUGCAUCAUUACUGUGAAAAUGGUGCAAAAGCCAAAAUCAAAAACAGCUGGACACACAAAUGACUUGGCUUUUCUUAGACUUUCAGUCUUUUGCCUUUACAGAGGUUUGGUUGCUGGGCUCGUUGUAGAGUUGUUACAGGUUGAGGUUUCAUUCCACUAAAAUAUACUGAACCCUGGCCAACAUCAUGACUGAUCAUGUUUUAGAUUCACCAAAAAGUUCAAAAUGCAACCUUAUGAUGUCCCUCGUUCAUCUGAGAAAAAAUGGAAAUGUUUGAAAACUGGGUGUGUGAUACAAAGGCAUUUCACGAGCUUAGCGAUGAUUUGUAUUCUUUGCUACAGUGUAGCGUGUUUUAUCUUUUACCCGUGACUAGAUUCAGGAUUAUAGCAUGGAAGGAAAGCAGGGUCUUUUUUAAUCCAGUGAAAUUACAUUAGUCUUUAAUCCGUCAGGCAGAAUAAUUUUCUACAUUUAAGAAUUUAAAUCCACUGCCAUCAAGCACAGUCUUACUGUGAUUAAACAUACACGCAGGUAUAAGCAUUAAUAAUUGCAAUUUCUUUAGUAGUUUUUAACCCCAAAACCGAGAUGUGAGUGCUCUCUCUCUCUCUCUCUCUCUCUCUCUCUCUCUCUCAGGGAGUCCUGUUUUUUAUGUUCACUGUAUCCACAGCUCUCUGUCUACAUGAGCUGUGCCACCGAAACAGCACAACAGCAUCAAUGAUUCCAAAAAAAAAGCUUCCUGAUCCUUUGCCCUGAGCUGCUUAGCAACCAGAUUUGAUUCCAGGAAUUAAAAACUCUCCAGUGUCAGAACAGCUCCAGACUUUCACUCUGUUUCUCUGCCUGACUCUGCUGUUCUGUGGAGUUCAAGGCUCAGUCCUGCAUGCGUCAAAGUUAUUGAGUUUACCCCGGCAGCUGCUGUGGACUUCAAAUGUUUCACUAAACCAUGUUUAAAGGAGUUGCUUGGUUGGCACUGACCGCCAUGUGACAGGCUUACAAAGAAAUGUGGUCAUUUUUACUUCCAAUUGUCUCUGGGACAAACAGGAAAUGCUGACCUAUUCCUGUUUUUCUUACUAUGGCACUAUUUCCAAAAUUAAUUGCCCCAUGGUGUGUUGUCCGACUGAUAGCCUUUCAUUUUGCCAAAAAAAACGAAAUGAAACACCAUGUUUGAUACAUAAUUUGUUUUUUAAAGACAUGCUAAUAUUUUGUCGGUUAUGGUAAACAUAACUUUUACAUGAUUGUGCCUGUAUUUUUGUAGCUGCAGGCCAGAAGUAAAUGAAUGUUUUUUUUAGAGCAGUCACUCUCCCAUACUUGUUUUGUAAUCCCUCUAUUCAUCCACAUCGUGGUUACUUUUUUUUUUUUUAACACUGCAGUUCAAUCUUAUUUAGACAAUCAAAUAUAUAAUUCCAACUCAGGAAUUAUGAGGGUAUUUGGUUUUAGGAACUGUGUUUAUUUUAAAAGGGGUCUCCCAAUUUCUUUAAGUCAGAAAGAAGUAACAUGUGUGUAACUUGUGUUUGUUUUUUUUUUGUUUUUGCCAAGCAUCCUUUAGAGAAAUGUUAUGAACUCAGUUUGCACUAAAACACACAUUUUUACAUCUGCUGCCUCUGUUGAAAAUGUCUGAUAGUUGUUUAUUUAUGCAACCGCAGGAUGGAGAAUAAAUAGCCAAGUGGAGUCA